GUCUAAUUUCGUGAUCGAAAUUAAGGAAUAUAUCCUGGAUGUUUGGUACGAUGUACCACUAAAGAGGUCGAAUGUGGUAGCAUUAAUCAUUCUACCAAUGGCGCCUGAACCGGUUGAUAAAUGGGUCUUCCCGGAGCUGCGUGCCGUGAUCCUGCGGUCCACGCGGACACCAAUUGCUUCGUCCGAUGACGCCGAGAAGGAGAACAAGGACACUGACAGCCCUUCAGUCUUCCACACGCCCAGCUUCACAGAGUCCAACAUACCAUGGCGUGUGGAACUUCAGCUUCGACGCACCACCUGUGCCUUCGUGGAGCACCUAGCUCAGCUCCUGGAGAUGCCCGAAGCCCCCAGCAUAGCCGCCCAAUUGUUCGUUCAGCGGUUCUACAUGAUGCAUUCGUUUGCGACCCAUGACCGCUUCCUGGUAGCUACGGCUGCGCUUUUCUUAGCUGGCAAGACGGAAGAAUUCCCAGUCAAAGUCCGCUACGUCACCGAGUGCUCAAUGUACUUGCUGCUGUGUCGAGAACAGGCACAAGAGAAGCUGAUGACGAAACACAAGGCACAGACACCAAAAACCAACGGAGCUGCAGCUAAUCGACACUCACCGUCACCUGCUGGGCAAGCCAAGAAGAAGCCGAAGCUCGAUGCCAAGGGUAAACCCGUGGAGAUGAGCUCCACCCUCGGCAACGAUAAGGAAGCAGCCAAUACCAAGCAUCUUGAGUGGCUGAAUGCGUUGCUAGAAGUCGUGGAGGUCGGCGAGGUGGAAGCCAAUGCGAGCAAAGUCUUGCUGCUCGAAAGGAUUUUGUUGCUCACGCUGUCGUUCGAGAUCGGAGCACCGCAGCCAUUUGCCUAUGUGGCACCGCACAUGGAGAAGAUUUUCGCACUUGAUGCGAUGCACCCGGAUAUUUCUUACGAGGAUAUUCGCCAGGUGACGUUCAUGCUGGUCGCGGACGCUGUGAAAAGUGGCUUAAUUCUGGCGUUCGACUGUAUCGCGCUUGCUGCUGGUGCAGUGUACCUGGCGUGUUUGUAUCACCACCAAGUGAGUCCGAAUGUAGCCACAGAGAAGAACGAGCCGUGGUGGACGGUACUGCAGCUUUCAGAGAAGGAGCUUGAAGACGUAGCGAGAUGCUACUUGUGGAUGUACGAAGAUGAGAACGGUGAGAAGAGCAAAGGACUUGGACCUGAUUUCCUGGACCUGUGGACACGAUACCGACCAAACGACAACCGACCCGACCUGGAGUAUAUCAAAGCACUGGAUGCACCCUUACAGACACCUUAAUUUUGAGGUGAUGUCUAUUAAAUCUGAGCUAAUCAUUGGUGACAAGUAAGGGCAUUCCUCAUGAGUGACAUUUAUGGUGAAUUUGGUUAAUCAAACCCAAGACCGAGCCUUACGGGGACUGUCCAGUAAGCCCUUGAUGUAAUACACUUGGAAGAAGCAGACUACGAGGUAGACGGCGCACUCCAACGCUCCGUAGAACAUGACGUGUUUGUUCAUCUCUUCUUCCACUGCAAGUUCAAUAAAAUACGGUCAGCAAGGAUUUUAAAGUAACAGCAGAAACUGUCAGUGCUUACCCUUGAUAUGCCUGUCGGUCCGGAUAAGCUGCAACCUCUGCUCCGAUUCGAGCUCACCGAGACGCACAUCCAGAUGCGACGCGUACUUGGCCAACACACUCACAUGCUCUACACAUCAACCCCACGAAUUAUUUAUACCAACGCCUAGUAACUCUAAAGCUUGCAAGCAACCAACCUUUCUCAACUGGAUGCUGGGAUUGCAACGUGUUUGUCACGUGCGUCACCAGCUUCCCGUCCGAGUCCGGAUUAAUGAAGCACAGUUCGUGUACACCCGAUUGCCUAUACAAGAUCCCACCACCAACAUGUCAAUAUCACGUAUCCCUUAGCAAUAUCAC